AUGGGGCUACUUGCAAUAGUUGGAGCUGUAACAAGCCGGGUUCCUUUGGUGCUGCGAGCAGCAGGGUGGGUUGGGAGCUCCAGAAGUGAAUCCAGUGACGAGAUAAGUCUUAUCAGUGAAGAUGGGGAAACCUCCGAUGACUAUGAGAGCGCCAAUAGUUCUCCCCAGGCACGUCAACUUGUUCAUAAUCGGCUUUUGAGUAACCGAAAUAGUGGCGGUAUAGAAGGGAUUCCUGAAGAAAACGGCUGCUGUCGUAGAUAUUCAGGAGAAAAUGGUUCUGUUGAUGGUUCUGUUGACGGCUCAGUUGAGGGUUCUAUUAACGGUCAUAUUAGCAGCCAUGUUGAUCGUUAUUUGAGCGAUCAAAACAAAAAGUUUGAUGAUCUAAUCUACAAAAACUUGAACGCCGUAUUGGUUCAAAGCGGUCAUAACGAAGAGAAGGAAGCGGAAACAUCAACGUUCAGAAAGUCCGUAUCGGGGGUAGUGUCCUCAGGAAUGGGCGGUUUGGCGGGCAGAAUCAGGUUUUUCGGACAUAAAAAAGACGUGGAUAUCGCAGAAGCGACGACGCCGCCUGAAGAAGCUCAGGAAUUUGUGAGUCCAGCAUUAAACUCGGCAAUGACAUUUGACAGUUUUCUCGAUUCUUUGGACUAUGACACCAAGAUUCAGCUUUUGAAAAUGCUCAGAAGGGACUUGGGGCUUACAAACGAUGAUGAGCUUGAGCGCUUGGUUUUGAAUGAGAAUGACAUUGAAAAACUCACGUCGAUGCACAAAUUUGAAACCACAGGACCGGUGAUCGAUAAAAUUCAGCUUUUUGUGUUGAUUCUGAUCAAGCUCAUGUUCAUUGGACUCAAACUCAUGAUUCCUAUAUCGUAUCUCAUAUACACCAAGUUUGUGGAAAACCAGCUUUUCUUGUUCAACAACAAAAACUUUAACAAAAUGCUCCUGGUUUGUAUAAAAGUUAUGAGGACUUUGGAGCAUAAACUCAACGAUGAAAAGAUACAACCAUACCAAUACGGUUACGACCGAACUCAAGCCUUAGAAAAGGACAUAAAAUUCACCCAAGCACAACAAAACCUUGACGAACUCUACGACGAAAUGACAUUAAAUGCAACUUCUUUUUUUAAUCAACAUAUGGAUAUGGCAGAACGAUCUUCAUGGACACGAUCGGUAUUCGGAUACAUGGUAAGCAAGUAUCUUGGCGCCGCAAAGACACAACAACCUCCUCCACCUACUAAACCAUUACAUGCUUCACCACCGCUUCACAAUGAUCCUAAAUUCUCCAAAUAUUUUGCAACUCCUCCCUCCACAUCCAAUGGAGCUCCAUCUUCCCCUGGGUUGGGUUCUAGAUCGCUACCUGGUUCUAGUGUUAACUUGAACUCUCUUUCUGUGAUGGAAUUGGCACAACAGUUUGCCAAUGAGUUGAUUUAG